AUAGUAACUGCUAGUAAGCAGGCCUAUUGUAAAAAUUUUUUUCACUUGCGUAUUGAAAUGUAUUGUGCAAGUGAAAAAAAUGAUCCGCUUUCGGAUCCUCGUAUUGCCGCUCUUAUGGCCUCUGUAGGAAAUAGUUUAGACGACGAAGUUGAUAAUCCACCAGCGAAACAAGAAUCAAAACAUCCUGCUGAAACAUUUGAAGAAUUUUUGAGUGAAGAAAAAAUUGAUGAAUGGCCACAAAGGCUUACCUCAGAGGGUACUCUAGAUCUCAGUGAAAUCAGCACAAGUUCUUGGAGUGAGGAGGGAAUAUUAGAAACAAUAAAAGAAAAGGCCCCACUUGAUAUUCAUGUUCUUGAAAAUAUUGAAAGUCAAAUUGAAGAAUUUUCAAAGAAAUUGGAUGCUUUUGCUGGUUACAUUGUCUCUAAUGAAGAAUUACCAUCAAGAAUGCGUGAAAAACUUUUUCAUGCUCCUAAGAAAGAAGAACUUGAAAAAGCUGCAGAUAGUGAUGCAGUUGCCCUACAUCAUAGUAGAAAAAAGAAAAAGAAAGACGCAAAGGAAACAAUGGUUGAAGCUAUGCAGGCAUCUAGGAGCAAAAAUAUUGAUUAUGCAACCUUUCCUGGAUUUCGACUUAACGAACUAACAGAAUUACCAAGUCAACUCGAAGCUCCACAGAUGCUAAAUAAGAUUACAGAGGCACAAGAUUUUAAUAGAGGUUUCAGUCAAUUGUGGAAGAAGAUUUUUUUGUCUGAAGCUUCAGUUGCCCUGCUUCAGGAUUCAUUUUGGUGGUUUUUCCUUGAAAAUUUCGAACACGAUCCAACUGCACAAGAUAAUCUUUUCACUAGAAUUGCGGAUAGUUAUGUUGCGUUAUUUAUGAGUGUUAACUUGGAUGUUCGGGACAAAGUUCUCCAGGUUUACCCGCGAUGCUUUUCCCAAUGCGUGUACUUGACAUUUCGCGAAGCAUUUCCAGAAUCACACGACAGAUUAGCAGAGGAAUUUGUAACUGAAGUAUACGGGACAAUUUCUGAAUGGAUGAGCGGUGUUAAGCCACCUCUGUAUGAAUGGAAACGAUGGCCAUGGGAUAGAAUUUGUUCCCCCCCAACUAUAGGUAAAACUGAAACUUUACCGAGAACUGACGUAGAAAAAGCACACAGCGCACGAAAAGCCGCAGAUUACAUUCGUGAUCUUCAAUCUGACAUGCUGGCUGCCAUUCCCCCAGCUACCGCUGACUCUUCUGCGACAUCUGACGGAAGGCAAGAUAUAACAUUUUCGGUCCCAGCAGAAGAUGGCGGCAAACAGACAACGUUCGCCGAAUCUGAAAAAAGUCCGAGGCAAGACAAGGAAAGUGCGAUAAACAUCAUUAAAACUGCAAGAACGACAUCUGUGUCACCAACAAUAAAAACACAAAAUGUCAAACCAUAUAAGCAAGCGGAAUCGGCUCAAACUGGACCCGGUCCUGACUUCGAAAGAGUUAUGUUUAAUCUUGGUGGAAGAAGUCCGUUGGUUGCUCAUUACCUGCAUAUGAAGCAGUUGAGAGACAAACAAAUCGUUGGAAAACAAAUGAAACGAACUGAAAUAAUGCAGCUUCCGGCUUCAGCACCUACGUUCCAGGAUGUGAUCCGACAUUCCAAGAAAACCGUAAAAGAUUUACAUACUCAACGAGACAGAAUGAUGGCUAUCACUGAAGAGGAAAGAUUACGACAAGAAAAACUCCGAAAAAUAAUUGCAUUGGAUACAAAGAAAGCGAAAGAUAUCUUGAGCGAUCCACUGGAAAUCAAAAUGCGAAGUGAUCGCGUUAUGGACCAAGCGAUCGGUGGGGGAUUGCAUCGUCCGUCGUCGUAUGGAAGAAUAAAGUCAGCUCAUACCGAUCAAGAUUUUUAUUUGCAAGAAGAUCCGUUGUCAGAUCCCGAAGUUGUUAUCUAGAAUUGCUGUUUUUAUUUUUGAGGAAUUUUACUGUGUCAUUUUUUUCGUGCUUUGGGAUUAUAAAUCUACAAAUAAAUUUUUCCUUUUUUUUAUUCUUUUACAAUUUCUUUACGAUAUUAUUUUUAUUAGUUUUGCUUUUAGGCGUAGACGUAUGGCAUAAAUAGAAGAGACUGGCAAAAACAAUUGGGUAAACCAAUAACAAACUUAGACGCUAGUUAAAGUACUCGUCUAAAAUCGUACAUUUUGCAUAAGUUGUGAUAAUUUGUUUUUGCGAAAAUGGCAUUCAUAGAUUCGUUGGGUUAAUUUUGAACGUCCAACCAACAUCGACUGCGAGUAUGACUCAGACGACGAUUCAAAUAAUUCGAUUAGGACUUCAGCUCCCGACUAUGAAUAACCAAGCUUCCACUACGAAAAUUGGCGCUCCAUAAGUGUAUGUACCAAAAUAGAGGUAACUAAUUUUGUUCGCCUACUUUACACCAAAUUGUGUAAAGGAACUGAAACGUAUGGGCAUGGGGUAUAUUCACUUGGCUAACACAGACAGUCCCCGAACUUGUAAUAGAACUAAAAUAAGGAAAAUUGAAAUAAAAUUAUGGCCUAACCCUAACCUGGUACAUAUACUACGGGAAUACCCGGAAAUUUAUGUCUUCGCAGACUCUUUUCUUAUUUAUCACAUUAGGGUAUUAUUUUGUUUUUAUUUCACAUUGUUAUGAAAGCUUUUCAUUUAAUUAAUUAAUACUAAGCUUAGGUAAUACCAACUGCUAAGUUUCAAAUGGAUGCGCUUCUGGACUUCAUAGACAUAUUAUGUCAUAAUUUGUCAAGAACAAUUAGCGUUGCUUUCAUUUACGACGAAGCAUUAUUAAUUCAUGUAGAAAAUGUUUUGUGAAAACAUGUUAGUGACUUGGAGUCAUUUGUAUUACUUAACCCAUUAAAUUUAAAUUAGCUGUCGCAA